GUAAAAAUAUACUGUAUGUGGGUACACACAUUUCUCUGUGUUAUUAGAAGAUCAUUUCUCAGAUUAAGAAACCCUCAUCAUUACUCCAUUAAAGACAACAAUUUUCAAGUGAAUAACAAACUAGGCUACUCUCAAGCUCUCGUGGGACACAUAAAAUGAUGUGGCGGACCGCAUCGGCCCACGAGCCUUGAGUGUAACAUGUGACUUAAAGCCUGAUUUGUGGAAUGUGAAUUUCAUUGAUGGGGUUGGAGAACAACAGUUUUACCAUUGAGGUGGGCCAGAAGAGAUGUCAGCACAGGAGAGACCUCUCAAAAGAAAAGUAGACAGAUACACACAAAUGCAGAUACAAAUGGACCUGACUUAACUUUAUGCUACUUCGACACAUUGUGUUAUACAAAUAUACAUACUAUACACAAAUAAACACACAGACUGUACACCAGUGAAUUUCAAUAUACUUUUCAUUUUCAAUAUACUGUAGUAAACGACUUUUCAAAAUGGUGCCUGUGGUCAGUCAAAAUUCAUCCUCCGUCUCAGAAGUAGUAUUGACAACCAAAAGAGUGAGGGGAUAACAAUGUCAGGCCAUUUAUAAAAAUGUCCUACCCAAAGUUACUUCCUUUACAUCACCUCUAAUAAAAACUUAACUGUUAAGUGUAUAAGACAUUGACUACACAUCCCCACCCCAAUCCUAUUACAUCAGCCCCCAAAUAACAAAGUGCAUGUCAAAAGUUGCAUGGCCACACCAGACACCAGGGCCACACCUUACGUCGAAAUCUACGUCACGUAGAAUUCAAAAGCGCCACUUACUUCCGCGUUCUUCGCAUAGCAACAGGAGGAAAGCGAAGAUGGCGGAUCAUGGGGAUCCGGUAAAAUAACGUGUCCGAAGUAGUAACAAGCGACGGUCUCUUGAAAAACGAAGUUAUUGGAAUAUCCUUUUCGAAAGACUUGGUCCCUCUGGGACAGCGGCCUGUGCCAUGGCGUCAACUAACGUCCGAAUCGGUCAACAGGCCUUGGCCGUACUGGAUGUGGCACUCCGCGUACCGUGCAUCUUUAUUAUCGACGCCAUUUUUAAUUCUUACCAUGAUCCUGGGACUGGAUGGGCCGGGACAGCUGGGAGGGUUUUAAUAAGAGUUUUUGGUAUUUUGGUAUCCAGCGUAGUGCUGGUCCUCUCCCAGAAGGCCCUGUUCAAGUUUUAUACACUGUUCUUCGCCGUGAUGCUGGGCGCUGUGGCUGUCAUGAUCAACUACUAUGCCACAUCACACAUAGACUUCUACAGUGCCUACUACAAAGCGGCAUUGGGCUUCCGGCUGCUUCCACGCAACGGCCCCACGCUCUGGCUGGGUAUGGCGGUUGUGCAGCUGCUCUUCGGCCUGGGCUACGUGGUGCUGCUCAACGUCCAGUCCACGUUUGCAGCGCUGGUGUUCCUGGACAUCAUGAUCCCGCUGUGGGGUCUGAUUAUCGAGCUGCCGGUGGACGUGCGGCAGCUGGUGGCCGUGGCCUCGGGCUUCGUGCUGGCGCUCAACACGGCUGCCUGCUUGCUUCUCAAACUCAAGUGGUUCUACUACUCGUGCCGCUACGUUUACCUGCUGCUGCGCCACAUGUACCGCAUCUACGGCGUGCAACUGCUGCUGGAGGACACCUGGAAGCGCAUCCGCUUCCCGGACGUACUGCGGGUCUUCUGGCUGACGCGCAUGACCGCCCAGGCGGUCAUCCUGGUCUACGUGGUGAAGGUGGUGCGCCACGAGAGUGGCCAACAGGCCACGCUGACAUGGGAUGUGUGCUGGGACCUCUUCAGCAACCUGAUCAUCAGCGGCUGUGACUCCACACUCACCGUGCUGGGCAUGAGCGCCGUCAUCUCCUCGAUGGCACACUACCUGGGCCUGAGCAUCCUGGCCUUCAUCGGCUCCACCGAGGAGGAGGACAAGCGGCUGGGCUUCGUGGCGCCCGUGCUCUUCUUCAUCCUAGCGCUGCAGACGGGCCUGAGCGGCCUGGACCCCGAGGAGCGCCUGGUGCGGCUCAGCCGCAACAUGUGCCUGCUGCUGACGGCCAUCCUGCACUUCAUCCACGGCAUGACGGACCCCGUGCUCAUGUCGCUCAGCGCCUCGCACGUACUGUCCGUGCGACGCCACCUGCCCGUCCUGCUGGUGUCCCUGGCGCUCUUUGUGCUUCCGGUGGCCCUCAGCUAUGCCCUUUGGCACCACUACGCCCUGAACACGUGGCUGUUCGCCGUGACAGCCUUCUGUGUGGAGCUGUGCCUCAAGGUGGUGGUGUCGCUGACGGUGUACACGCUCUUCAUGGUGGACGGCUAUCACAACGUCCUGUGGGAGCGGCUGGACGACUACGUCUACUACGUGCGGUCCACGGGCAACGUCAUCGAGUUCAUCUUUGGCGUCAUCAUGUUCGGCAACGGCGCCUACACCAUGAUGUUCGAGUCGGGGAGCAAGAUCCGCGCCUGCAUGAUGUGCUUGCAUGCAUACUUCAACAUCUACCUGCAAGCCAGGAAUGGCUGGAAGACUUUCAUCAACCGCCGCACAGCGGUCAAAAAGAUCAACUCUCUGCCAGAGGUCAAGGGUUCCCAGCUGGACGACAUUGAGGACGUGUGCGCCAUCUGCUACCAAGAGUUCGCCACCUCGGCACGCAUCACGCCCUGCCACCACUACUUCCACGCGCUCUGCUUGCGCAAGUGGCUCUACAUCCAGGACACGUGCCCCAUGUGCCACCAAAAAGUCUACAUCGAGGACGAGGCGAGAGACAGGGCGGCGUUCUCCAACAACAAUGGCUAUGCAGACCCCGGGGGGGACCCGGACGAGUUUGCAGCCCCGGGCAGGGCAGAGGGGGCAGCAGCCGCAGCAGGUGGGGCAGAUCCUGACAAUGAGCUGCUGGAAGACAAUGACAGUAUAGAAUACGACGAAGAUGAGUGGGGCACACUAAACGGAGGCACACCCAUAGAGGAGGACUACAUUAAUGAUGAUACAGAUUCCAAUGGCGAUUGAUUUAUGAAUAGGCUUGUGGAGGUUUAUGGUGUGAGUGCCUAUACGAAGUGGGUGGAGAGGCUUUGAGUUCAGCGAGAGACGCACAUUCCUUUUCUAUUUCUCCUUCCUCUUAGGGAUGCCAUGGGGGUUUGUGUGUGUGUGUGUUUGUGUGUGCUUUGGGUCUGUCCAUGACUCAAAGGGAGAUGGAGAUCAACAACAGAACGAGAGGUCUGAUUAAACGUGACAUGCUACUGUAAUCACUGAUAUACCUCUGUCAUUACUACUGGUCUCUUGUGUGACCUUGCUUAAAUCUGUGUACAUUGUUGUACAUGUAAUAAAAAAAAAAAACAUACUCUUUCCCUUGGAAAAGAGGAGGCUGUAUUACAAUGGAUGUUUUUCAAAAGCCACUGGACUUUUGGCUGUUGGAGUGAGAAAAACUGCAGCCUCCAUGCUGCAUUGUUUGACUCAGACCAUAUCUGUGUUAAAGCAUCAAUCUCUGCAUUUCAACUAGACAGUUCCAUCAGUGAUCUGUUAAAGGCAACCACUGCUAUUUUAUUGUUUCAUUUGCAAUCAUUCAUUUUUGGUUUCCAUUUAGAAUUUGGCACAUUGGCUGACUGAGGGAGAGCAAGACAUGCAAGAUGCUAUUUAAAAAAAAAUAAUAAUUUAAUGCAACAGGCAGAGGAACUGGUGAAUUAAUGGUGAAAAAUUAUGUGUGUGCUGAUCUAGGUUAUUAUAAUCAGGAAGUGAAAAUAAUUUGAUUUAUUCUGUGGAAUAGUUGUGCUUUCACUUUCUGUCAAUGAAGGAAUUUUAUGAUUCAUCUUUUUUUUUUGCUUUGGAAAAGGUGCAAAUGUUCAUUUUGCCUUUUGCUUUAAAGAUGAUGUAAAUAAAAAAAAAUAAUCUUUAAUAGUGA